AUGAACAUUCUCAUAACAGGCGCAGCUGGCUUCAUCGGCCAGCUGCUGGCCAAGGAAUUGCUGAAUGACGAUUCUUACAGGGUCAUUCUCACCGACAUCAUCGAUCCGCCCAUCCCCAAAGGAGUCAAAUAUCCGCAGAACGCGAAGACGAUCAAGGCGGACCUUGUUGAAGGAGGGGCUGAAAAGGUGGUGGAUUCAUCGCUCGACGCUGUGUACGCUUUCCACGGGAUCAUGUCGUCCGGGUCAGAGGCCAAUUUCGAGCUGGGAAUGCGCGUCAAUGUGGAUGCCACUCGCAACUUGCUGGAUGUCCUGCGCAAGACCUGUCCCGGCAUCCGCGUCAUCUACUCAUCCAGCCAGGCCGUCUACGGACAGCCGCUUCCUGAAGUUGUCGACGACUCUGUGAUCCCAACUCCAGAGUCUUCCUACGGAGCAGAAAAGCUCAUGUGCGAGGCGAUGAUCAAUGACUACACCAGACGAGGCUUCAUCACAGGGUUCACCUUGCGGUUCCCCACGAUCUCUGUCCGUCCCGGGAAGCCCACUGCAGCGGCUUCUUCCUUCCUGUCUGGCAUGAUCCGGGAGCCGCUCAACGGCCAGGAGUCGAUCAUCCCGCUGAAGGACAGGUCGUUGAAGUCAUGGCUGUGUUCGCCGCGGACUCUCGUUCACAACCUGAUCUUCACCCUUACCUUACCGGCCGAUUCGCUGCCGCCGCACAUCCGCCAGAUCAACGUGCCCGGAAUCUGCGUCACAAUCCAGGAGAUGAUGGAUGCGCUGGAGAAGGUGGGCGGCAAAGACAAGCUGGCUCUGCUCAAGGAGGAGGAGGAUCCCGCGAUCAAGAAGAUCGUCUACUCCUGGCCCACCAAGUUCGAUAACAGCCAGGCUAUUAAGCUGGGCUUCAAGCGCGACACGUCAUUUGAGCAAGCCGUGAUUGACUAUAAGGAGAAAUUCAUUAGACUACCCAAGGACCUCGAUGAUGCAAAUAAUCAAUUCAUUGACGUUAACACUGUUAAUUUAAAAAAACACCGAGGGGCGAAUAAAGUGGCCGCAAUCAUGGCAGAGACUUGCGCAAACCCUCUCCUCCUGGGCUGGAUCAAAGAAUGGCUUGACCAGGCCCGGGAACGGAACUCCAAGGGGUACACAGUCUACAAAAAGGCCUACGAGUCGAUGAAGGCUUGUCCGCUGGUGUUUAAUCAUCCAUCCGAGGCUCAGCAACUGAAUGGGCUGGGUCCAAAGCUAUGUGAUCGCCUGACAGAGAAACUGAAGGCGUAUUGCGAAGAGAAUGGCCUUCCGAUGCCGGAAGCGCCCAGUAAAGGUGCAUUACUAUUCUGCCAUUUUGUUUUGCCCCAGAAGCGACCAUCCGGAGACAAUUUACCAGACCGAGAAGAGCAGCCAGUGAAAAAGCCCAGAAAACCCAGACCAUACGUUCCGGCGCUGCGGUCUGGUGCCUACGCCCUGCUUAUCGCAUUAGCGACCCUGGACGAGAAUUCGUCGCAAGGUCUGACCAAGGCAGAGCUGAUUGAACUCGCCCAACCGUACUGCGAUUCGUCGUUUACUGCUCCCAGUGACCCAACUAAAUUCUACACAGCCUGGAAUUCGAUGAAGACCCUUAUCCAGAAAGAUCUUGUCUAUGAACAUGGCCGGCCCGUGAGGAGGUAUGCUCUCACCGAGGAAGGCUGGGAGGUUGCAAAGAAGAUCAAAAACACCGCGACAGGUGCAUCGUCUUCUGCUGGAAAUCAAGCGGCCAACACAAGAGACAUAACGUCCUUAAUGUCUAACCAAGGCACACGAGCCGCAGAGACCGAGAAGUCAUCGCGUCGACACAGGAAUGAUGUCGAUGAUUUCGAGUUGGAAGACUUACAUGACUCAGAGCCAAAGACCUCAACACAUACUGAGGACAUCUCUCAACAAAGACGCAAUGUAGCCGCUGGUCGGCCUGAUCACGCCCAACAAGGAGCGUCAUCCUCAAAUUCACCCAAGGAGCCAAUUGUGCUACCUCCAGGCAGUUUCACCGUGGAGCUGGUGCUGGACUCUCGUGAAGUGCGGACCCAGAAGGAUCGAGACUACAUCGCCAACGAGCUUACGAAGAAAGGUAUCACGCCCCAAGUGCGAGCCCUCGAGCUCGGGGACGCGAUGUGGGUCGCGAAAUGCAAGGACCCCAACUUCCUAGCCCGACACGGCGAGGAAGGCGACGAAGUGAUGCUCGACUGGAUCAUCGAGCGCAAACGGCUGGAUGACCUGAUCGGCUCGAUCAAAGACGGGCGCUUCCACGAGCAGAAAUUCCGCCUCCGCCGGUCCGGCAUCAAGAACGUCAUCUACCUCAUCGAGGAAUUUUCUCUCACGCAUGAUUCGUCCAGCGCGAACGCGAUGAAGUACCACGAAAUGGUCGCGUCCGCCAUCGCCUCGACGCAGGUCGUCAACGGGUACUUUGUCAAGAAGACGCGCAACCUGGACGACACGAUCCGGUACCUAGCGCGGAUGACCUUUCUGCUGCGGAAGAUGUACGAGCCUUCUUCCGCGACGGGCGGCAGCAGCAGCAGAAGCAGUUCCUCCGUCGCCCUCAUCCCCAGUUCCCAACUCUCCUCGUCCCAAUCCUACCUCACGACGUUGAACAAUCUCCGCGCCACCGAUCCUUCCUCCACCACGACCUACGGCGUCACCUUCGCGACCUUCUCCGCCCUGACGUCCAAAUCCGACGUGCUCACCCUGCGCGACGUGUUUCUGAAGAUGCUCAUGUGCACACGGGGGAUAACGGGCGAGAAGGCGCUCGAGAUCCAGCGCCGCUGGCCCACUCCGCGCGAAUUCAUCGAGGCCUUCGAAGCCGCUGAGCGUCAGGGUCAAAGUAAAGAGCGAAUGGUCUCCGAUAGGAUGAUGUCGCUGGUCGGAAGGAAGAAGGUCGCCGGGACGCUCAGUAAACGACUUGCCGAAAUCUGGGGCGAAGCGGGGUAG